UCACUUGACAUUUCUCUCGUCGAUUUUUGUUUUUUGCUGGUUUGGUUGCUUUAUUUGAUCGCUUCCAUCAAAUCAAAUCAUUUUUGAUUACUCACUGUAAUUUGUAACUGUGUUAUAUCUUACUUUCGACUAAACUAUUAAAGAUGUUCCUUACCCGAUCUGAGUAUGACCGCGGUGUCAACACCUUCAGUCCAGAGGGAAGGCUGUUCCAGGUGGAAUAUGCCAUUGAAGCUAUUAAAUUGGGGUCGACGGCGAUAGGAAUUUGCACUUCGGAAGGAGUUGUUCUGGCAGUUGAGAAGCGUAUCACGUCUCCUCUUAUGGAACCGACGACUAUUGAAAAGAUCGUGGAAGUUGAUCGCCACAUCGCUUGCGCCGUCUCAGGCUUGAUGGCUGAUUCCAGAACACUAGUGGAGCGUGCGCGUGUAGAGUGCCUGAACCACUGGUUUGUGUACAACGAGCGCAUGACCGUAGAGUCGUGUGCGCAGGCCGUGUCCAACCUCGCAAUCCAGUUUGGGGACAGUGAUGACAACAGUGGCACUGCCAUGUCAAGGCCUUUUGGUGUUGCGGUCAUGUUUGCAGGUAUUGAUGAGAAGGGGCCUCAACUGUUCCAUAUGGACCCCAGCGGCACAUUUGUGCAGUAUGACGCUAAAGCUAUUGGUUCUGGCAGUGAAGGUGCUCAGCAGAGCUUGAAGGAAGUAUAUCACAAGUCCAUGACCCUGAAAGAAGCCAUCAAGUCCGCCCUCACCAUCCUCAAGCAGGUCAUGGAGGAGAAGCUCUCCGAGAGCAACGUUGAGGUGGUCACCAUGACGCCCGACUCCAUGUUCCAUAUGUACUCGCGUGAACAGCUGGCUGAGGUUAUUAAGGAUAUACCUUAAGUAGAUAGAUGGGUUGGUGGUGUGGUCGGACCUUUAUUUUAACGUCUACUGUCUACUAUACUCUGUUCAUUUAAGUAUUUCAGAGAAUGUAAACAAAUAAAAGCGUAUUAUUCGGUCGUUUAUACAGUGAGAUUAAUAUUUUGUAUUUUGGAAGAAAGAAGAAAGAAUGCAGACAAAAAAAUCAUUUGGACGCUAAAAAGGAUCCCCACUCAGCAUAAUUCCGCGGAAAACCGUGGCGCUGGUUUUCUGUGGGGACCUGACUUAAUCUAAAAUUGUGCCAUUUUCAACCAAAAGGGUACUUAUUGUUGCUUGUCAGUCUUGUAAGGCGCUAUUUCCAUAUAGCUUCAAUUAGAAAUCAACCUUAUCGUCAACCGACAAUGUGGUACCUUUAAGUUGAAAACGUCACAAUUAAUGGCGACACGUACGCCAAAGACACAAAUAAAUUGACAUUGACAUUUAUUUAUGUUUUUUUUUUUACUGGCAGAAUGACCGUGUAACACAUUGUUAUCAUUCUUUGAAUAUUUAAAAGAACAGACUAGAUAAAGGCUUGUAUAUUUUCUUCUUGAAAACAAUGAUUAGUAUAAAUGUUUCAAAAUGAAACUAGUAUGAAAAUAAUAUGAUUGGAAAAAAUAUCGGUCAAAGGAGACGACUUGGAGUAAUUAAAAAUCACUUAUUAUUUGUAUAAUAUCUCUGAAAUAAUGGCCACACCAAAAACCAGUAUUGUAAUUAGAUGUAAUAUUUGAAGUAAAUUGUAUUUUAGUAUUAGCUAUCAAAAAUAUGUUGAUUGUUUAUAAAACUUCAGUCUUAAUUGCAUUUAUGUUUAUAUAAACUUAUGAUACUUUAUGACAUGAAAUUUCCAUUUAAUAUUUAAAAAAAAAUCACUACAAUAACAUUCAAAUAUUUUAUAUCAUAUUCUUUCAUACAAAAAUCAACAUUUUUGGAAUGUAAGUAUGCUGAUUAUUAUGGCCCUCAGUUUUGCUUCGGGCUUCUAACAUGUACUUACGUAUCUUUACACACAAUGUAAUAUUAUGUUCCGAUAUAGUAUACCAGUACACAUUCUCUCGAUAAUAUAGCUUUAAUGCAGUUUAUUUUAAAUAUUGCUGACACGGUGUCGGAGUACAUGGAAUCUUACUGUAAGUAUUCUUUUAAUACAAAAUACAUCAACUUUAUUACAA